GAUCAUGAUUUUACAAUGAGACCAGGCUUUGGAGGCCCUGCAAUUCCUGUCGGAGUUGAUGUACAAGUAGAAAGCCUGGACAGUAUCUCAGAAGUGGAUAUGGACUUCACUAUGACUUUAUACCUACGACAUUACUGGAAGGAUGAGAGGCUGUCUUUUCCCAGUUCUACCAACCAGAGCAUGACAUUUGAUGGCAGGCUUGUGAAGAAGAUUUGGGUGCCAGACAUGUUUUUUGUUCACUCUAAGAGGUCCUUUAUUCAUGAUACCACAACAGACAACAUCAUGCUACGAGUAUUUCCUGAUGGAAAGGUGCUUUACAGUCUGAGGGUAACAGUGACAGCAAUGUGCAACAUGGACUUCAGUCGUUUCCCACUGGACACACAAACUUGCUCACUAGAAAUUGAAAGCUAUGCCUACACAGAAGAUGAUCUUAUGCUAUACUGGAAGAAUGGAAAUGAUUCACUGAAGACAGAUGAAAGAAUAUCAUUAUCUCAGUUUCUUAUACAAGCAUUCCACACAACUACAAAACUUGCCUUUUACAGUAGCACAGGUUGGUAUAACCGUUUAUACAUCAACUUCACUCUGCGACGGCACAUCUUCUUCUUCCUCCUUCAGACCUACUUUCCUGCUACUCUAAUGGUCAUGCUGUCUUGGGUCUCCUUCUGGAUUGACCGAAGAGCUGUGCCUGCCAGAGUGCCUUUAGGUAUAACGACUGUCCUAACAAUGUCCACCAUCAUCACAGGAGUCAAUGCAUCAAUGCCAAGAGUGUCUUACAUUAAAGCUGUGGACAUCUACCUGUGGGUCAGUUUUGUGUUUGUUUUUCUUUCUGUUCUGGAAUAUGCAGCUGUCAACUACCUAACUACAGUGCAAGAGAGAAAAGAGAGAAAAUUUCGAGACAAGGUGAUUUUAGAAAUGUCACUUCCUUGUACAUGUGGAUUGCCUCAGCCACGGCCAAUGAUGAUAGAUGGCAGCUACAGUGACGGUGAGGUCAACAACCUGGGCCAGUACAUCGCCUCAGAAAAUGGCGAGAAACAAGACAGAAUGCUAGUUCAUCUGGCCCUUACUGAAGAACGAAACUCUGGUCGCAGGAAAAGCAGAUUUGGAUAUGUCAGCAAGAAGAUUGACACACAUGCGAUUGACAAGUACUCCAGACUGAUAUUUCCUGCAGCAUACAUACUUUUUAACCUUAUAUACUGGUCAAUAUUUUCAUAG